GUGACUUUCAGAUUCGGCCAUGUUUUCUUGUUCGAUACGGGGACCUCAAAUGGGAACCUGUCGGGCCAAAGUCGUGUAAUGUCAAGCAUUGAUUUCCGCCCGGCCAGGCCGUACAGACUUGUUAGUGGCUCCGAAGAUAACACAGUCGCGAUAUUCGAGGGACCUCCAUUCAAAUUUAUGACCUUAUUUCACGAGCAUACACGCUUUGUUUAUUGCGUCCGUUACAAUCCCAGUGGCACACUGUUCGCCAGUGCUGGAGCCGAUGGGAAGGUUGUAUUAUACGAAGGCACAAAUGGCAGUAAAGAAGGCGAAUUUGUGGAUGAGCAAUGUAAGGGAGGUGUGGCACACAGUGGCAGUGUGUUUGGGUUAUGCUGGUCUCCAGAUGGACAGCAUAUUGCAACUGCUUCCGGUGACAGGACUGUCAAAAUUUGGGAUGUCGCAUCGAAAAAAUUGGUGAAGUUAGUUUCCUAUCGUGCUUUUAUCUACACUCACUUACCAUUUCGUGUGCUGUCACAGCUGAGCAUUCGCAUGAUCAAGAUGAACUUUUUGUUGCGCAAGCUUAGUUUUCUGUCUCCACGUUCCUCACUGCAGCAGUUUGCUGUAAACCGCCCUAUGUUCGCACCCCGUCACUUCGUGUCUCAGUUUUCCGAUGGUCUCUUCUGA